AUGAGCUUCAACUUCAACCACACCAGCCAGCUAUGGAGCUCGCAGCUCGGCGUGCGCUUUGGAGCGCUUGCGACUCUGCCGACGACGACCGUUGCCUCGGGGCUUCACACUUCGGCCCUGACGGGCGGCGAGGAGGGGCGCGCCGACGGCCCUCCACACCAUGUCGCCGUCAUAUCAGGGGAGAGCAUCACCGCAGCUGGCACUGGCACAGAUGCGCUGCCUUCAAGCGGUUUUGGUCAACCGCACAUCGGUCUCCCCGGGCAGAGUCUAGCAGCCAGCCUAGGAGCGAGCAUCGCCGCUCCUGUCGCCGGCGCUGCUAGUGGUGCAGGUGCAGAUGCUGAUGCCGGUGCUGAUGCCGAAGCAAGGGCAGUUGUCGAGCCACCGUCGACGCCGCUAGAGUUCAGCAUCUCCAAAGAAGAAUUUCUCGCGGCUCGUGCCGCCGUUCCUGGCACCUCUCAGUCUCACUGGUCACAUACAAUGUACCAUCGCGCCGGUGAGAAUGGCGCCGUGGAUAAUGUCAAGGUUCAUUACUGCGAAAGUAAAGCCACGGCAGAGCGUGUCUGCAAGGAGUAUUUCCUCAACGAAGAUGUCCUCGGCUUCGACCUGGAGUGGAUGCAGUACGCAUCGCGUACGGACGGGCCGCGGCAGAACGUCUCUCUCAUCCAGAUUGCAAGUCCUAGCCGUAUUGCCCUGAUCCAUGUGGCAUUAUUUCCAACAGAGGAAGGCGACCUUGUUGGUCCGUCGUUGCGCAAGAUCUUGGAGAAUCCUAACGUGACCAAGGUCGGCGUCAACAUCGGCGGAGAUUGCACUCGCCUCAAAAACUACCUCGGCGUCACUGUUCGUGGCGUCUUUGAGCUAAGCCAUCUCUACAAGGUUGUCAAGUAUCUUCCAGAGAAGCCUUACAUGGUCAACAAGGGGCUGGUGUCGUUGGCUACUCAAGUCGAGGACCACCUCCUGCUCCCUCUAUACAAGGGUCACGUUGUUCGAACGGGCAAUUGGAUGAGACGGCUCAACCCUCAACAGAUUCACUAUUCCGCGUCGGAUGCUUAUGCAGGCCUUCAGCUCUACUACGUGCUCGAAGAAAAACGAAAGGCAAUAGUGCCUUGCCCUCCAAGGCCGCACCAUGCGGAACUGCGGCUACCCAUCCCCCUUCCUGAGCCUCCGGUUGUUGAGGCUCAAGCAGAGGGAGAUGCAAUGACAACGGAUCCUUCAACAACAACUCCUAGAGACGCAGCUGCACCCACUUCAAGACGCAGACCUUAUAAGCCGAGAGCUCCCAGGCGCAGAGCUGCAUCGUUAAAGGCUUCAACAUCAGAUGUUGCAGCCUCAGAAACAGCAGCGACGGGAGACGCGGCUACCGAACCUUCAGCGGCUAAACCGCCGUUUGUAGACACACGAGACGCGCGGAUCAUUGAAGCCGAAGUCCGAAUGCGCGAGUAUCGCUCAUCCAAAGGAACCAAGCUGGAGACAACCGCUGUCCGUCUCAGAGCGUACUACAUCUGGCAUCGGAAUGAAGACCUUUGCCCUGCCGAUAUCGCGGCGCUCCUACGAGACCCACCGUUACUGACGACCACUGUCGCGAGCUACGUUGUAGAUGCCAUACAGGCUGAGAAACUGCCUUAUCCUGCGAUCAGAUUGCAUAAAGAGGUCAUGUCGUAUAUAGAUCUUACGAAGCCCUACAUGUACAAGUAUUCGACUCUGGUAAGGGAAUGUACGGAGGCGGUAGAGAAGAUGAUGAAAGAACAGCAGGCAGAGGGGCAAGAAAAGAUGGGGAAUGGGCAGCAGACAGAGGGGGCAGAGGGGGGAGACACAACAUGA